CCCCUUUCGCCCGACCCGACACCCCCGCGCCCGACGAGGUGCAGCUGUCCCCGAUGAGGGCCCGCGGAGGCGGCGCCCCACCCACCAAGGGCUGCAUCUCGGGCGGCCUCCUCGAGCCCGUGGCGGGGCCGUCGACGCCCCUGCCGCCCACGCCGGGGGCAGCAGCCGCGGAGCUGCCCAUCUCCUCCAGGCACCUGAUCAGGACGCCGCCCGGGCUCGAGCUGGCGGCGCCGCCGUCGCCGGCCCGCUCCCCGCUGCGGCUGUCCGAGCACCUGCCCGUCAAGGCCCGCCACAGCCCAGACGCGUGGGCGCAGCAGACGCCCACGUGCACGGACUCCACGUGCACGCCCGGAGGGGCGGACGAGGGCGACGCCGUUGCCUGGCCCCGGCCUGCGGCCCUGCAGCUGAACCCAGGCUCGGCCCUGCACGGGACUGGCGCCUGCAGGCCCUGCUCGUGGUUCUGGACGGCCGUGGGCUGCCAGAACCGGGCGGGGUGCCUGUACUGCCACGCCUGCCCCGAGGGCGCGAGCACCACGUACAAGCGGCAGAACAAGCUCCUGGCGGCCAGGUCGCGGCGCCUCGCCCGGGAGCUCGAGGCCGCCGCGCCGCGCGCGCGGCCCCCCGCGGGCGCGCGGGCCGAGAGCGAGGGCCGCGGGGCGGCCGCGCCGCGGGCCAGGCAGCUGUCCAAGCACCUGUCCACCACGGACGGCUCUGGCUCCGACCGGGGCUCCGGCCCGGAGCAGGAGGGCCCGGCGGCCGCCGGCGCGGCGGCCUCGCCGCUGGAGGACACCGACUGGCGCGUCAGCAUCGCCGCGCUGCAGGCGCUGUGCGCGGCCGCCGAGAUGGGCGACUCGCGCGUGCUCGGCGCGGUGGUCUCGUGCCUGGAGCACGUCCGGGAGGACGUCUGGAGGGCCACGGCGGAGGCGCUGGCCCCGGCCGACGAGGGGAGUGGCCCGGUGGCGUCGCGCCCCGAGGCCUCUGCGGCACCGGCACCGGCGCCGGCGCUGCUCGCGGAGACCGCGGCGCCGGCCGCCGUGCGGCUCGAGCUGAUGCCCGUCCUGGAGCCGUCGCGCGACCUGCCCAACGCCGGCUCCGCGCCCCACGGCACGGGCGCGUGCCGGCCGCCCGGGGGGGCUCGCAGCUGGGGCUGUGCGCCGGUCCGGCCGGCCGGUGGCCGCGCGUCGCCGCACAGGACCUCACGGCUUCCGCUGUUCCUCGGCUACUGCGUUGGAGUUUGCACGAUUUCUCCUGAUUUUGUCUGGGCGUCUGUGGUGCUUCCCUCGGUCUGCCUGGACCUGCGCCGGUCCGCGUGCAGCUCUGACUCGACCUUCCUUGCCCAGUCCCCGCAGGAGGAGUCGGCGGCGUCCGAAGAGUCCGACGACGACGACAGCCCGAAGCUCACGGCCCCCGAGCCCGACUCCCCGAGUCCGGUGAACGGCGGCAGCUCGGUCUCCGGGCGGCGCCAUCGCGAGACCGAGCCUCCCGAGGAGCGCGCAGGCAGUCGCUUCGCGCGUCGCGGCCUGGGCCGGGGAGUCGCGGAGAUAUCCGCGCGGCGCAUUUCGCCGGGCGCGAUGGGCGAAGGUAGGUUGAACCUCGACUUGAACACUUGCCGCGGCCUCGGUCUCUUCUCUCUCGCUCGUGCCCAGGAUUCGUUGGCCCUGAGGACCGUGCACCCCGCGAGGGGGCCAGGCCGCAUGAUGCCGGCCGAGGCGGUGGAGGAGGUGCUCGUGGCGGCAGGCGCUCCUGGCGGCGGCGCCGCGGAUGCGCUGCUGGAGGCCUUCAGUUUGCGGGUGUCGUUUUGCCAGGUGACGGACCGCGCCCUGGCCGGCCUCGCGGGCGCGCUCCGCGCUGCGGGCAGGCUGCGCAGCUUCGCCCUGCGGGUGGAGGCCUGCAGGCGCCGAGCCGCGGAGGGCGUCUGUGCCCUCGUGGCGGCGCUGCCGGUGGGCCUCGACGACGUGGAGCUGAACGUGCAGGGCUGCACGGAGGUGGCCCGCGCCUUCCGCCUCGCCCCCGCCGCGGCGGCCGCGGCGACGACCCUCCAGGAAGGUGGCCUGCACAGGGCAGCGAGUACUGCCACCUACCCCGACAGUGCCGCGGUGCAGCACAGCGGCACGGCGAGUUCUUUCAUCUUGGACGUUGAUCUCGACACGUUCGCGACAGAGAUCCUCGGAUGCAGAGAGUUGCGCAGGCUCCUUGGCUUUGAGGAGCCCGACUGGGAGUUGCUAUUUGAAUGCUUUUGCAAAAAGAACCUCGACGCUGACGACGUUACCCGUUCCGCUUGUGAUGCACAGGAGACUAAGGGCUGGUGGCAGAUGGCCCAGGGCGGAGUACCGCUGGCGGCGAUGAAGCUGCUGUGUGCGACACCAGUGCACCACAGCACUGACAGCGAGGUCGAGGCGGCUGUCGCAUUGCUGCUUGAUUGGGUGAUGGACUUGAGCUCCUCAGGCACCCUUCCUGGAGCCGUCACGGACAGCAACGACCCGCCGGCAUCCAUAGUGAAGCUUGGGAAGGGCGAUUGGGCCACAGUGAGCACCUUCAGCGGGCACACACACCUCGUCCGCAGCAGCGGCAGAAGCGAGCUCGUUCCAGAGGCUUCAGAUACAUGGAGGAUGGGAUCUGUAACUUUUGGCGAGAUAGAGCAGGAGAUGAGGAGUGACCAGAGGACGCGCCCCGAAGACCUCGCGGGCCCUCCUCGGGCCAAAGUGAACGCGGCCGAGAUGCGAAGCCCUGACGAGGAUGAAAAGGACAAUGAGGUGGAGAUGGAGGCGAGCGCGCGCGCGCACGGCGUCGCCGAGGCCAUGACGGGCCCGCAGUCUGCGGCAGGCGCCCUCGGGGCGCGCGCGCCUGGCCUCGGCGGCGGCCGGCAGGCCCCGCUGGUAUUGUGGCGGUCCGCGGCCGCGGGCCGCGGGGCAGGUCUCGCGCGCGGCCCGCGCGGGCACGAGGCCGCCUCCUCCGCCGUGCUCUCGGACCCCGAGCUGGCGCCCAGGCCGCCGCCUCCGCCCAAGCUCGCUGGGGAGGCCUCGGGCGCUGCCGGCGCGGGUUUGGCAGGCUUCCUCGGCGCCCAGAUGCGCGGGCGCCCCCCGAUUGCGGAGCCGGCCGCGGCCGAGUGGGCGGCGGGCGGCGCCGGCAGCGCCGCCGCCCCCGCGCUCGGCAGCACCUGCACCUCCGCCACGCCCGCGCUCAGCACCUCGCGCGCUGGCGCCGUGCCGCGCCUGCAGGGCGCGGGCGCGCAGCGGGCCGCCGCCGCGAUGCCACUGUCCGUGAGCGGCUUGUACGCGAGGGACGCGGCGGCGGCGGCUGCCACCGUCGCGCGGGCCGCUUCGCCCGAGCCACCGCUCUUCUCCGACGGGCCCGACUGGCUGGCCCCGCCGCCCCUGCCUCCAGUGCCGGAUGAGGUGCACAACCGCCUCGCCGCCCUCGAGGGCAAGAUCGAGCAGGACGCCGAGAGGCACAGCGAGGCAGAGAGGCAGAUUUGGGAGCUGCGCGUCGCAUUGAGCCAGGCGGAGGCGCAGGCGAGCCGGCGCGACUCCGAGUGGCGCGGCCUGCUGGGGGAGCUGGAGGUCGGCGAGGCAGCGGCCCUCGCGCACGCCACAGAGGGCCUGCGCGGUGAGGUGGACCGGCGCGACUGCCUCCUCGGCGAGCUCAAGGCCAGCGAGGCGGCGGCCCUUCGGCGCGCCACGGAGGGCCUGCGCGCGGAGUUGGACGAGGCUGGGGCCGCGCACCUGGAGACGCACGGCGCGCUGCAUGCCGACAGGCGGCGGCUCGCCGAGGCUCUGUCGGGGAGUGCGGAGCUGAAGGGGAGCCUGCAGAGGGCCCAGCGUGAGGUUGUGGAGGAGCGGCACGAGCUCGCCGAGGUGAUGAUGCAGUGCCGCCAGCUCAGGUUCAAUCAAGGCCUGUCCGAGGCCCGCAUCGAGGAGCUCACUGGGGCUUCGGGCGCGCACCAGGCUGAGGCCCAGAAGUCGCGGCGGGAGCGGCUGGAGGAGGAGGGCCGGACCGGCGCUCUCACGCACUUCUACGAGGAGAAGUUGCGGACCGUGAGCGACAUGCUGAGGCAAGAGCAGCUGCGAGUCGCGGCACUCGAGGACGCGAUGCGGCAUCGGAACAGCGAGGCGAGGGCCUGCGGCCAGGACAACCUCAGCUUGGAGUCGCGGCUCAGCGCAUCCUCGGAGAAGAUCCUGAGCCAGGAGAAUUGGAUCAGGAGGCAGGCCGAGGCCCUGAGGGAAGCGGAGGAGGAGCACAGGCAGGCAGCCAGGGCGGAGCAGGACCGUGCCGCCCUCGAGCAGCGGCUGCGCGAAGCGGAGGAGAAGGUCAUCCGGCUGGAGGCCGAAGCCCGCCAGGGCAACGACUGCGCGAGGAUGGCCGAGCAGGAGCGCUCCGUCCUCGAGCGGCGCCUCCGCGACACCGAGAGCCAGCUGGCGUCUCUGCAGGAACGCCUCGCGCGGUGCGAGGAGGAGCGCCGAGAGGCGGAGGACAAGAUGCUCUGCCUGGAGGCCGAGGCUCGCCGGGGCAUCGACAGCACGAGGCUCGCCGAGCAGGAGCGCGCAGCUCUCGAGCUGCGGCUCCGCGACGCCGAGGGCAAUGCCACCCGGCUGGAGGCCGAAGCCCGCCAGUGCGUCGACCGCGCGGUUUUCGCCGAGCAGCAGCGCGCUUCCCUCGAGCAGCGGCUCCGCGACGCCGAGGGGGGUGUCUUGCGGCUGGAGGCCGAAGCCCGCGAGGGCGUCGAUCGCUCAAAGCUUGCUGAGCAGCAGCGCGCGUCCCUCGAGCAGCGGCUGCGCGAAGCGGAGGAGAAGGUCAUCCGGCUGGAGGCCGAAGCCCGCCAGGGCAACGACUGCGCGAGGAUGGCCGAGCAGGAGCGCUCCGUCCUCGAGCGGCGCCUCCGCGACACCGAGAGCCAGCUGGCUGCCGCAAAGUGCCGCCUGGACCUUGUUGAGGAGGAGCGCCACCAGGCGGAGGAGCGGAGCCUCGCGGUGGACGAUCGCAGCAGGUGCUUGCAAGAGCAGCUGGACGACAGCGAGGAGGAGCUCAAGCGGCUCCGGGCCAGGGCCGGCGCCGCGGCGGAGGCGGCGGGCGCGGAGGCCCAGGCGGCGGAGCGGGGCAGGAGCGUGCUGGAGCAGCAGGCGCAGCUCCAGGCCCACCGUCUGCAGCUGGAGCGGGAGCGCCUGGAGGAGCUGCGCUGCCAGGCCUCGGCUGAGAGAAAGGUUCGCGACUUGAAGUCGCAGGGCGAGAGCUCCGAGCCAGCCAGGGUCCCCCUCGAGCCGGCAGCGAUCGCAGAAGGCGCGGCGGGCGGGAGGAGGUGGAGUGGAGCCCGGCCGGGCAGCGCCGAGGGCGAGCCUGCGCCGGCGGCGUGGCGGGCGGAGCCCGUGGCGGAGCCGCCGAGGGCGGCGCUACACUGGCCGCCGCCCGCCUCUCCGGCGUCCACCGCCCGGCCGGCGUCGGCCGGUGCCGGGCUGCAUGCCGCGGUGCGCCCGCGCAGCGGGCGCCCGCCGUCGUCCAUGAGCACGAUGGUCGACCUGACCGAGGACGGCGUCGUGGGCAUCCGCCCGUGGGGACAGGCCUCGCGCUGCUGACGGGGCGCCGCCGCGCACGCGCAAGCCUCUGCCAGCGCGCGCGAGCGCGCGCACGCGCGGGGCGAGGGCUGGCCGAGCUCCGGGCACCGCCCGCCCGGGAGACCUCGGGCGCUCGGCGGGCGGCGCGGCGCCCCCUGCAAGGAAACGGGGCUCGACCGCCUGCUCCCUCCGGCGGCGCUCGCUCGGCUUUCUUGCCUCGGCCGGGGCGGGGCUCCCCUCCUCUCCCCCCGGCGGGUGCUUUCGGCGCAGAGGAAGCGGGGCUCGGCCACCCUGCGCCCUCGUGCGGCGCUCGCUCGUGUCUCUCGCCUCGGCCCUGUGGCCCCCCCUCUCCCCGGGCGACGUCUUCGGCGGAAAGGCCAAAGAGGCUCGGUCACCCUGCGCACUCGGUCGGCUCUCGCUCGGGUUGCUUGCCCUGGCCCUGGGCCCCCCUCCCCUCCCCCAGGGGUGUCUUCGGCUCCGUGGCCCCGGGGGAGGGCCCAGGACGAGCCUCCGCUGCGUCUGGGUGGCAAAAGCAGCACCCGGAGUGGAGGAGCAAGCGGCGUCCGCGCGGAUGGCUUGCCUCGGCGCUGGGCCCCCUUAAUUACCUCCCCGCUGGCGGUGUCUGCGGCGCUGCCAUGCCGGCGAGGUCUGUACAGAAGGCACGCCAAAUUCGCAACUGGCAUGCCAGGAGACUGCUGUUGUUAUCCUCUGGCGUGUACUGGUGGCUACCCGCCCCCCACCCGGGAA